AAAAAAAAAAAAAACAUAACAAACAAAACAAGUGAGUAAGUCCAAAAACAUUGAUUCAGUAAGCUAAAGUGCUUCUUGAAAGUGUCGUCGAAUGAGAAGAGAGAAAAAGAAAAAAAAUACUGUGCGGAAUAAAGGCCAAUAUCAUUUCGAGUAAACAGUGUGCGAAGAGGAACAAAAUAUAUAUAAGAAAAAAGAGUUUUCAAAAUGAAAUACGAUCAUUACAUUGUGUUCCAUAGAAACGGCAAUAGCAAUAAAUAAAGCGUUUUUAUUUAAAUUCUCGGAAAAAAAAACACCCAAAAACGGCCAUGGAACAUUUUGUAAUCAACAGAGUCUUGUAACUAAUUUGAGACUGUAUUUUUGUGCGGCAAAAGCAACUCAUGUUCCCGUAUGAUUUUGUCGUCAUCGUUUAAAUCGAUCGAAUUAGAUUAAUCAACCGAGUGGCCGUACAUGGUUAAUAUCACAGUGUAUAUUUUUUUCGUGUAAAAAUCAGCAUGCCGAAAGAGAUUAUUGCAAUGUGAAUAUGUUAUGUAAUUGUAAUUGAACAGAUUUUUUUCAGGUUUGUUGAAAUAUAUCAAAAAUAUCUAUAAAAGAGACAUGAUUAAAAUGCAACCAAAUCAAUAAGCUAAAAAACCAUUAAUCUUGGCGCUGCGCUUCACUUCGGAUGGAGAAUAAACCGAGUCAUAUCCACAUUUUGACAACAAACACAGCAACAGAACCGUGUGUUUGAAUGUAAUAUACAUAAAAAAUAAUAAAAAAAUGAAUUGUGAUAGAAUUUUUCUUUUCUGUUCUUCUGUUUAAUCGAUAAGAGAUGAGCGUGUUUUUGUUGUUUAAAGUGUUCAAAAGUGAAAAGUGACAAAAAAGAAAAGUCAAGCACUUCAAAAGCCGAUAACUCUGACAAAAGUGAAUAGAAACGUGCUCGAAUCCAGAAGUUUAUUAUUUUCGGUCAACAUUGUGUGAUCGCUGCAACAACCAAAAAAAAAUAAACAAAAACGUUUCAAACUUUCGAAGAAAUUGUGUUGUGCCCCGUCUGACAGUGAGCGCCACAGAAAAAUACAAAAAACUAAAGAAAAGAAACAACGAACAAGUGCAAGAAACAGAGAGUAACAGCAUAUGUGCUUGUGUGAGUGUCGCCAAGGAUAACUAAUUCGCGGCCGCUUGAACAGUUACAUCUGUUUCAUUGCAAAAAUUCCGUGAAUUUCGAGACAAACCAGUUCCAAAAUGGCUAUUCCACCACCACCACCGGCACCGGGUCCACCACCGCCACCAAUUGGAAAUUUGAAACUUGGUGCUCCCGCUUUUGGUAAAUCGUCUGGAGGUGCUGAUCCACGAUCCGCGUUAUUGUUAAGUAUACAAAAAGGAGCAAAACUAAAGAAGACGACAACAGUCGAUAAGAGUGGACCACUUGGUGUAGGCCGUAUAGCAGAUGCAAACAAUAGUACUAGUAGUAGUAAUGCAAGAACGAAUUCAUCGGGGGCGCCGACAAGGCCACCGCCUCCAAAUGGUAGUAGUGCACAAAUAAAUGGAACGCCAAAGUUAAAAGGAAUUUUUGAAGGAUUGUCAUCAAUGCCAAAGUUAAAACCAGUCGGUGGUAGAACCAUAGGUGUGACAUCACCAACCAACGAAUCACCAUCAUCAAUAUCAACUGGUAGUGGCAGUCCGCAAAAUUCAAAUGGUUCUGCCGUUGAUUUUAGUACAGAAUUAUCACAACGCAUAGCAAUGAAAAAGCAAAUGAAAUCACCCAGUUCGAAUACAAUUAGCGAAAUAAAUGCAAGAAAUCGCGGCCCACCACCGCAACCACCAAGCAAAAUUGUUACCGACAAUAAUAAUAGCUCAACAACUGUUAACAGCAGCCCCUUAAUUAAGCAAUCAAAUAGUGGAUCGCCAACGAGUGUAUCAUCGAAUGGAUCGAAUAUAUCAUCGAUAUUACCAAAUAAAUCGUCAUUAUUCGGGAAUAGCAAUAGUUUAAACAACACAAGUACGAAGACAACAACACCGCCACCACCACCGCCACCCAUAACGACAGCAACAUCGACAACGACAACAAUAACGAAUAAAGUGGUGCCAAACUAUGGCAAACCGACUUGUGCGCCAAAACCACCAGUUACAGCAGCAAAAAAUGGCCUCAGUCCAUUGAACAACAUUAGUAAUACGACAAAUAAUGGAAAUAGUAGUAACCGAUCAAUUGUGUCACGAGCACAGAGCAUGCGGGCGCCAAGGUCGCCACCAAUUUCAGUGGCUGGUUCCACAUUUCCGGCAACACAACAAUUUGGCACAAUACGCGGCAUACCAACUGCAUUUCAAUCACAAGAAUCGGUUAGCAUUAGACCGGCACCGACAAUUAGUCGACCCACUGUAGCACCACCAAGACCCCCAAUUGAAGCCAAAUUGGCAGCGGCAGCAACGAAAGAGCAAUCGCCUCGAUCUGUUCCACCUGAAAAAAGAUCUCAGGGUCGUUGCAAAAGUCCACCACCUCCGCCAAUCCGAAGCAUAUCAAAUACAAAUCUACCAACACUUCCACUCAGUAUUCCACCAUCAGCAAUGUCACCGAACUUAAGUAACAUUUCAAAUAGCUCGACAAACAAUUUUGGUGGUUCAGCCAGCAAUGUUUCAACUUUAAUUAAUAAUGUGAUGCUGACUACAAAUACUGGAAGUGCGAAUAAUUUGUCAGUUACAAAGGAUCGCAGUCCAAAUACUAGUAUGAAUAGUAUUGCACCACCGUUACCGCCACAUCGAACUUGCCCAGCACCUCCACCACCAAUUCGUCAAACUUCAAUCACACCAAGUAAUAGUGGCGUUGCACCACCUGUGCCACAGCGUCAUUCAUCGAUGCGUAAUAGUAACGGUGGCCAAGUAACGACCGUUGUUCAACAUCAGACGGUCGCAACGUCGGUGACGUCGAAUUCAACGCGCACCGUUGUCAAUCGUUUUGUAAUAGAUUUAGAGGCAAAAUUUGGCCAUACAUUUCACAAUGUCACCGAAUUUCCAGCGCCACAGCCAUUUACGAAAUUCGAAAAAUCUUAUCCUAGUCGAAAUAUGUCGAAAGCCACAACCGAAAACCGAAAGGCCAAAGCACCUAGUCCACCAUCGAUAAAAACGGGGAACACUGCAACAUCAACCAACGAAAAAUAUCAGUUGCAACUUACACAAGAUGAUAAACACUUUACAGAAGAGAGUUCAUACUGUUAAAAAAAACACACACACCACACAUACAUACAUAUAUAUAGACACAUAAUCGCAUCAAAAACCUAUUUCCAACGAGAAUAUUUAUGAAAUUAUAUUAACAAUUAAGGAGCCGACAACAAAAACACAACAGAUCGAAUGAACGAACUUUAACCUUUCACUUCGCCGGACGGUGAUCAAAUGUGUACAUAAUAUCGCAUUUCAAAAAAUGUGACUCGAUCUGUUUAGUAUUUAACAUAAUCACAAACAAAAACCAUUAUAAUAAUUAAAAUACAAAUUUAAUUUUGAAUUUCCAUUAUUCGGUGGUUUUUCAAUAUUACACAGACAAAACAAUACAAAAUAAAACUACGUGCAAGUCAAUUUCUUAAAGAGUGAGACAGAAAGAGAGGAAAAAUAAUAAUCAAAUCAUGACCAUAUUACUUACAGUUCAUUGUAUGAUACAUAAGAACAUUUUCAGCGGUACGCAAACUGAUGUAUAAAAGAAAAAAACUUUUUUUUGCUAAAAUUAUUUGUUAUUCAAUUUUUGUUUUAAUUUUUUUAAUUAAACAGCGGCAGCAUAAAUGCUCUAUUAUUUGGAAAAACGAAACCACAACAUUCCGGGUAUAUGAAUGAUUGAAAGCGUUCAUUUUGCUUGCCCAUUUAUUUUUAGAGAAAAAGAAUGAAAUUAUUCAUAACAAUUUGUUAAUUCUCAGAUAUUUUAUUGGCUCAAAAAUCAAAUUCGAUAGGUAAAUUAAUUUCGAUUUUUUUGUCUCUUUGUAAAUAACAAAAAAAUAAAAUAAAUAAAAAAU